AUGGUGGCUGGCUCUAUAGACGAAGAUCGCGCGGAGGAGAAGCAUGGCGGUCACGACGAACUAGACUCCAUUGGUGGCGACGAACUGGACAACUGCAGAGUCGAAGAUGCAGCCGAAAGGACCAUGGCCUCCAUUGGCAAUGUUGCGGCGAACACGAGGUGCAAGGCGCUCGAAGACGCUGCGGCGCUGUCCAUGGUGGCCGUGGUGGUGGAUCGGGCCACGGCGAACUCCGCCGACGUGGCGAAGAGCGAAGAACAAGCCACCAACGACAUGUGA